AAAAGGUUCUUACAUUCAUGAAAUCAAUACAAAAACCUACAACGUAGAAAAAGGUAAGUUACAGAAAGCUAGGAAAAAAAGCAUUUCCUUUUACAAAUAGGAAGAUAUUUGAGACUUCUAAUUAUGCAGAUAAAUCUGUCUUAAAAUCUUCAAAGGAAAUAUAAGAAAAAAAAACCCACAUAGUUUAUUGCAUAACUUAGUAGUUGGCAAACUAUGACCCGCAGGCUCACCUGGCCUGUCACCUGUUUUUGUAUGACCUGCAAGCUAAAAAUGAGUUUUCUAUUUUUUAAUGGUUGAAAAAAUGUAAAAAGAAGAAUAUGAAGUACAUAAAUACACGAAAUUCAGAUAUCAGUAUCUAUAUAGUUUUAUUUGAACACAGCUACAGUCAUCCAUCUGCAUAGUGUCUGGGGCUACUUUUUGCUACAACAGCAGAGUUGCAUAGUGUGACAAUGACCUUGUGGUGCACAUUGACUAAACUAUUUACCAUCUGGCCCAUUACAGAAAAAAAAUCUGUUAACCGUGGCUUAACUUACUUACUUAAAAACUAAAUCAUUUUUUAAAAUGUUUUAUGUUUAUUUAUUUUUUAAAGAGAGAGAGAGAGAGAGAAAGUGCAAGCGGGGGAGGGGCCCAGAGCGAGGGGGACACAGAAUUGGGAGCAGGCUCCAGGCCCUGAGCUGUCAGCACAGAGCUGACGCAGGGCUCGAACCCACAAACUGGGAGACCAUGACCUGAGCCGAGGUUGGAGGCCCAACCGACUGAGCCACCAGGGUGCCCCUGAAAACUAAAUCUUAAUUUAAUUCCAGAAAUUUAACAGAAAAUAAGGCUAAAGGGACUGUGAGACUUUGUAAUUAUUAAGAUUUUUAUCUUGAAAGUCGGUAUGUGUGUACGUGUGCGUGUAAUUUCUACAAUGUUUGAUGAUCGUUUAGGUCUUGCUUAAAUUACAAAAACGUCGAAUAAAGAAAUAAGAUUUGUUUUAUCCACUGUAUUACAAGGUUGUUGGGUAUCUCAUUUUAUAAACACAAUUGACAUAAGGUAUUGGGAUUUAGUAAAACUUAAACCUUAGCCAAACAAGUUGUCGGAGCUAAGCUGUAGGGGGGGUCAUCCCGCCCUUGGUAAGGCCAUUCGACCAGUUUUGCAAAGCAGGGAUGUGUAAAGUACAGAGAGGCCACUAAGUGUGUUUAAACAUACAAGGAGUGGCCCCCUCCUUGAUGAUACCCUCCCAGGAGAUGAUAAACACCUUAAAAACAGGAACUGAGUUAUGUUUUUGCUUUCUCUCUUUCCUUUCCUUCUUUCUUUCUCAGUAAUCAACACAAUAUCUUGAAGAUAGUGCUUAGUCAGUAAAUGUUUGACUUGAAUCUACAUUCCCAGGAGUGAUUGCUUAACAGUAGUAACUUGGUGGGAGUAAUGAGAAUUAUACUACCUCACAAAAGAGAGGAAUGGGCGAACACUCUGAUAAGGAUACAGAGUUGCUCCCCAAACUUGACAGAUGCCUAAAGUCCUUUAACCAAGAGUGAAAGGUUUCUGUUAUCAGUGGAACAUAUCUUGGCUUGGAUUACAUGAGUAAGCAAAAUGGAGGUGAAGGCGGCAUCAUUAUCAAUAUGUCAUCUUUAGCAGGACUCAUGCCUGUUGCACAACAGCCUGUUUAUUGUGCUUCAAAGCAUGGCAUAAUUGGAUUCACACGCUCAGCAGCGAUGGCAGCUAAUCUCAUGAACAGCGGUGUUAGACUGAAUGCCAUUUGCCCAGGCUUUGUUAAUACACCCAUCCUCGAAUCCAUUGAAAAAGAAGAAAACAUGGGACAAUAUAUAGAAUAUAAAGAUCACAUCAAGGAUAUGAUGAAAUUCUAUGGAAUUUUGGACCCAUCAAUGAUUGCGAAUGGAUUAAUAACGCUCAUUGAAGAUGAUGCUUUAAAUGGAGCUAUUAUGAAGAUCACAACUUCUAAGGGAAUCCAUUUUCAAGACUAUGAAACAACUCCAUUUCAUGCAAAAACUCAGUGAACAUCUUCUAUAUCAGCCAUAGCUGAAAAUAAGAGCUAAUGACUUCUGUUAGAACAUAUCUUCAUUUGAAUAUAGCUUUUUAAAGGAAAUGUCAUUGUCUGAAGCUUUCCUUCGUGUAUUUGAUACUAAUUUUAUUUCUAAAUGAUUAGUGGAGUAUUUGAAUAAAAAAAUUCAGGAACUGGGGCGCCUGGGUGGCUCAGUCGGUUGAGCAACCGACUUUGGCUCAGGUCAUGCGGUUUGUGAGUUCGAGCCCCGCGUCAGGCUCUGUGCUGACAGCUCAGAGCCUGGAGUCUGCUUCUGAUUCUGUGUUUCCUUCUCUCUCUGUCCCUCCCCCACUCAUGCUCUGUCUGUCUCUCUCUGUCUCAGAAAUAAAUAAACAUUAAAAGAAAUUUUUAAAAAAAUCAGGAACUAUCAGAAAUAUGACAUGAACCAAAGCUAACUUUUGAUCUUUAUAGUCUGAGUAAUGAUUAAAACAAAGGAUAUUCAGGGAAUAUUCUACCUUUCAGAAAAUGUAUUUAAAUUUGUGGUACAUAAAUAUUAAUGUUUUUCAGAGUAUCAGUUCAAAGGAGAUACUUGAAUUGUUAUUUAAAUCAAACCAGAUGUAAAAAAUCUCAUUUUGUUUUUAUGUUCUCACUUCAAAAGAGAGAAGCUACCUACAAUGGCAAAUUUUUAGGAACAAUAACUUACAUACCACAUUUCGGCUGAACAUUUCAGCUCUUUAAAGAUGUGGCAUAUUUGGGGGCCAGAUAAGGAAUAAAUUACUGUGUGAAUAUAUCCCAAAUGAAAAAUCUGAUGUAUGGGAAAGUGACAGAAAGUAACUGGCUGAGAUGUUGACCCACAGUUCGGCCUCCCAUCUAGGAAAACCAUUUCUUUCCUAUUUGCUAGUUUUAAGAAAUUUAAUUUGGGGGGCAUGUGGGUGGCUCAGUCAGUUAAGCAGCUGACUCUUGAUUUCAACUCAGGUUAUGACCUCACGGUUUGGUUCGUGAGUUUGAGUCCCACAUCAGGCUCUGCACUUCAUGGAGCCCGCUUCGAUUCUGUCUGUCUGUCCGUCUGUCUGUCUCUCUCUCUCUCUCUCUCUCUCUCUCUCUCCCCCUGCCCCUCCCCCCCCAAAAUAAAUAAGCUUUAAAAAAAUUAUAUAAACAAUGUAAAAACGAAUAAAAAAUAUGAUUUUCUCCAGAAAUCUCAGGAAUAAACUUGUACAGUUACAGCAAAAAGGAUAGUUAAUGCUCUUUAAAUAUUUUACUUAAGAUAGCCUCAUUAAGAAAAAAAAAUACAAAUACAGUAUUUUUCAGAUAACUUCUUUAUCUGUACCCAUCUCAAAAGUGCCUACUUUUCAAAAUGACUUUUUUUCUAAUCUCCAGAAGUUCAUUCGUGCUCUGUGCGCAGCUGUUGAAGAAACUGAUUUUGUCACAGCUUCGAUUGUAAAUGUUUUUGUGUGCUCAAAGUCCUAUUAACAAGAGGUAAAGGUAGCUGGUGAUAUUUUGCUACUUUCCCUGUCAGGUGGUUUAAGAUCAGAUCAGUAAGUGCAGCUGUGUUGGGUAACAUUAUUUGCAAGUAAUAAUUAAUGCUAAUAAUAGUGAGAGCACAAGAUUUCCAAAUCAAUCUUUUUUUUUUUUUUCCCCAUAGAGUAUUGUAUGAGUGAUUCACUCUGCCUGUGAAGUCCAAAGCUCCCUGCUUGGAGCAAAUUCCAUCCAUUUGAGAUUGAUGAAUAUUUUCUAGAGACACUGGAGUGUUUUCCUAUCUUGUUCUGUUUUAAUUCUACCAUAGAGAACUAUGGCCUUCGUUUUUAAGGAGUAAUUUGAAUAUGAAUAACUUAUCUAGAGGUUCAUAUAAUGUAUUUGAAAAACAGCAAGAAAUAAACAUCAGUGAAUGUCUGAUAUAGAAAAGUUGUAAUAAUGCAAAAACUUGUUCAUACAUUGUGGCAGGAAGCCGUCAUUGAAUAAUAAUAUAGGCAUGUGGAACGUCACUUAUCUUAACAGAUUUUCCUACUGUAAUGUUCAAUGCUAUAGCUAGAACUUUUCAUGUAUGGAUACUUUUCUGUACUGGCAGCCCUCAAUAUACUUUGUGCUUUGAAUUGGAAAUUUUUUCUCAAAUCAAUGAACUCUGCAGACAUUGGAAAUCAAAUACUGAGUAGAACUGAAAAAAAUGAGUUAUCUGUUUUAAAAGUUUAUUUUACAUUAAAAUGUAUCUGCUAUAAAUAGCUUUAAAUAAACCUAUAAUGUUAUAUGA